UCUCUCUCUCUCUCUGGCUGGGAACCAACCCGGAAAUCGCGAGGCUCGACGGAAACUGCCAACCCACUUCCUGUGGGUCGGGGCUGGUUGGAGCAGUUUAGAGACUGACUCACAAUCAACGGUCGCCCGCCAACGUUUCUGAGAACUUGGCGUCGGUGUGUCUCUCUCUCUCGCUCUCGCUCGCUCUCGCUCGCUGAUCGAGCCCAAGAACGCGUUUAAACCACAGGAAACGCGUCAAAGACGUCAGUCCCGCGCGCGCUCUCUCUCUCUCUCUCACUAUCUCUCUCUCCGUGCGAUCACCAGCGGUGAGAUUGGGCUCCACUCAAUGUUUCCACUUGUUACCGGAGUUGGGAGUCAAUAGGAUCCUGUUUUGUCUCCUUUUGUGGGAAUCCUGCAAUUGGCCUUCAACCUCAGAGCUUCCUCCUGGGAUACUUUCCUGAUGUUCGCACAAACCACCGCGUUAGAGGGCAACGAUCCCACAAACUGCUGACCUGCUGAUUGGCUCGCGAGCCCAGUACAUAGGAGAGUCUGCAGGAGGCGAGGGGGUGGGCAGUCGGUGCGGGCGGGCGGUCCUGUUGGGUGUUGAAGCACGUCACUGCAAUGAAGCCGGCAGCUCUCCUCACCCUGCUCCUCUGCAGCGCGACGGCGAGGCACGUCGGUUACUCCGAGCUCUCGUGCGAGGGAAGAUGCGGGGAAUCGUACAACCCCAACGACCUUUGUCACUGCAACUCAAAGUGUAGCAGAUACAACAACUGCUGUGAGGAUUAUACCCUGAUCUGUGGGGAGCCCAUCACUGAUGCCGAGACCCGGAGUGUGUCUGAGAGACUCUACUUAAAGGACGUCAACAAACCCACAGCGUCUGAGCUCCAAAUCAACCCCCAGCGCCUGAUCGACAACUCGCAGACCGAUGGCCAAGUCGAUUACUCUCCAGAGAGGUUUUAUUCCUACGUGAAUGAGGAAGUUCUCUUCUCCAGACCCACGUACGCUGCCUUCAUCUCUCUGCUCAACAAUUACCAGUGGAUGACUGGCGAGGACGAGGAAUUCACCCCGGAGCAGAUAAUGGAACAAGACAACUUCCUGACAGCCAUCAUGGAGACACCCAUCAUGGAGGAACUGUACAGCUUCCUGCACUCCAAGAAGAAGUACAAGACUGUGGAGGAGUUUAAAGAGGACCUUAAGAAGAUGUGGUUUGGACUGUACUCUCGAGCCUAUGGCGCCCAAGAUUCCAGCGGCUUUGAGCACAUAUUCCUGGGUGAGGUGAAAAAAGGGAUCGUGAGUGGAUUCCACAACUGGAUCCAGUUCUACCUGGCGGAGAAGCGAGGAGAGCUCAACUAUUACAGCCACAACUUCAACAAUCCCAUGACCGGUUAUCCGGAUAUCCUCGGGAUGCAGUUUGACUGGAACGGUUACUUCAAGGAAGUUGGUUCUGAAUUCGUCGGCUCCAGCCCAGAGUUUGACUUUGCCAUUUAUACUCUGUGUUUCAUCGCAAAGCCGGACGGAGUGUGUCGCGUACGUUUGGGAGGCACUGAGGUGGAAAUCCAGACCUACACCUGGUCCAAGACCUCGUACGGCAACGGGAAGAAAUACGUGGCUUCAGCUUAUCCCAGGUCUCCCUGAGAGUGAGGCGUUCUGUAUCCCAGCUAUCGCCCCCCCCCCCCCAGGGAAUAAAUAAAAAUAAUUCCCUCCA